AUGGGAGUCAAAGACAACACUCAGCAAACUUCUGCCUAAACAAUCAAAUUCAAAGAUUAUCCUUGGACAGCUUUUUAUUAAUAUGAAGGAGAACUCUAUAAGAUGACUCUUACUUCAAUUAAGUUGGAGAAUGGGCAGUUCUCAGCAAAUGGUUCUGAUACGAUCGGAGAUUUUAACUUUUAAGGAAUUGCACAAGAUGGAGAUUUUACAUUUGUCAAGUCAUAUAUUGGUCAGCAUUAAAUGGUUUACGAAGGAAAUUUUUAUCCUGAGAGUGAAGUUAUUGUGGGAAGAUGGCAUUAACCUGAUUAUGAAGAGAAUACUGAUCUCUUUAUUAUUCUACCUGAGUCAAAGGAAUCUAACGCAGCACACUUCAUCAAUUAGCACAGUGAGUGA